AUGGGCAACCCUAUGUCAUUGGUCAUUGUUAAGACAUCGGCAAUAGCGAUUUACUCCAGCAGUACCACUCCAAACGUAUUUCCAAUUAACAAUAGCAACAACAAUAAUAACAACAAUAAAGCACAAUUAAGUGAUUUAUCACAUUUUCAAGCAACAACAAGUGAAUUCAUUACCACAAGACCGCAAACAUCGGCACUGAGCGCCGCUAACUACGCUCGAGGCGCAAAUAAAGCCAAUACCACCGUAACCAAUCAUAUCAUACGAACGAACAUCAUCGUAGGAGGAUCACGAGAUUUUGAGGAGCCAAACGGAAAAAUGCGUGCUAAAUUACAGCAAUUAUUGCAGCGUGAAAAAGACGAUGAAGAUGAGGAGAAAAGACAAUUGCAACAAGACCAUCAGCAGCAGCAACAACAACAACAACAACAUUUGAGCGUGCAAGAAGAACUGCAACAACAAUUUCAACAUGCAAUAGCUGCUGGUGAAAAUGCAUAUUUACUGGAGCGUAUUGAUGCUAAUGGAGCUGGUGCUGGUGGCGGUGGUGGUGGCAGCUCUGGUGUUCAUGAACAGCCCAUUUAUGGAACAUGGAGCACGAAAGCGAAACGACCUCAAGCUCCAGCCAAGUCUAGUGCUGCUGGCUCACCACCAGCAGCAACGGCAGCCUCCUCAAUGCAAACUUUAAUUGGUGAGGUGGAGGAGCAUUUCCAUGAAAAUCACAAUUAUGGAACGCAUCAUUAUGAACGUUUACCUAGACGUUCGUCGACCAUGACACCUGUCAGGCGGGAGUUACACGAUCAAAUACCCCGGCCACCAAGGUUGACAUCCCGUCAGCCGUCAUUGGCAAAUCGACGACAAUUCACUGACACCGCACAGCCGAAUCCACCUACUCGCGAUGACUCAGCCAAUAGCCAACCCAUACCUUUCCAUUUCCCCUAUGAUGGAUCCUUGCCGGAGGAAUUUAAGAAACAUCAGCAGAGCGAACGGGCAAGUGUGGCUCCAUUUGACGAGGUCAAUAACAUCCAGGAUAUUCUACAAAAGUUGACUUUGGGAGGGUUGGCCAGCACCAAAAUGCCCUCACUGAUGAUGAUGCCUUCGGGUUUGCACAUCUCGGGUUCGUAUAAGAACCUCAAGUCCAGUGGCAUUGCAAACUUCUUUCGCGGUAAACGUCACAAGAAACAAAUUCCCUUCCCCCAACCCAUGCCAAUGUUCAAUGGCUAUCAGCCACAGAUGAUGGGAUUUUUGCCUCAAGCUCCAUAUCAGUCACGCAUAGCUCUGGAACAGAUUUAUCCCUUUAAGCCGCGAUCACCCAGUGACAUUAAUCUAUUGGCUAUACAACAACAACAGCAGCAACAACACCAACAACUCAAGGCUCAACAAAUGAAAAACAACAAGAAAUCAAAGAAAGGCAAGAAGCCAAAGGAUAAGGAUAAGAAAAAUCUCCUCGCCAGCUCAAAUAUAUUUAUGCAACACUAUCCGUAUGCCACUGGAGCUCCGGACAUGCUUUAUCCCACCAUGUUUCCACCCCUGAUGGCAAUAAACGUGACCCAAGCCCCUGUCACGCUGACAAAGAGAUUACCCUUUAAAUUGAAUCUGGAUAUAUUCCCCAUUCUGCCACCCUCCAGGAAUCCCAAGGCUGUAUCCAGCUUGGCCAUGGAUGAGGCACGUAUAGUCUCAUCAAUGAGGCCACCUACCAUGAUGCGAAAUCCCUUUUUGGAAUACUAUUCCACUCCCAUGACACCAACUGUUUCGUCCCUGGGUUUCUACAAUCCCUAUGGAGCGCAAAAGCCCUACAAUAAUCACAUACGUUUCCCGGGAGCGGUGCAAGGGGCCCAAAGCAAUAACAUGCAGUUUGCCUACAAUGAUCAGUGGCAAAAAUAUUUACAACAACAAAAACAGCAGCAACAACAACACCAGCAGUCAUCACAACAGCAUAUCUAUGCUAACUUACAAAAUGGCGCCCAAGGUCAUCAAACUCCAUUCCUACCCAUUGACUGUGAUCCUGCAUUGCAACCAUCCGGUUCGACAUCCUCCAAUUCCCUUAGCAGUCCCAUAAUGUUACACCUCAAUGUAUUUCCCAAAAAGAAGACGCCCCUAUCAUCCCCUCUCCCUCAAACAUCUACUAAUCCAUUUUACAACAGUGGCGGUAAUAAUAAUUUACAUCGUUCCACAAUCCAUGAAGAGGGUGAAGGUGAUGGAUUAAAUCACGCCAUUGAGCCACGUCACCAGCCCAAGGCAUUGAACAUUAGCUCCCAAACAUCCAUAGCACGUAGUGACACAGCCGCGAACAAUGAUGCUCAACGUGAUCUAGUGGAUUUUGAACAUCCCAUUGUGGCGGCAAAUGACAUCUCAGAAUUGCCCACUCCAGCUGCCUUAAUUGGUGGCCAGUCAACGGAGUCAUCAUCAUCAUCGUUCCAGGCAAUCUCAUAUUAUGAUCACAAUAACAAUUCAAAUGUCACCAACAUUCCCAUCAAUGGGCCAAGUGACAACAAUGGCGCCCAAGCCAACUCCAACCACAAUAGCAUGGAACAAAUGGUGUCAGAGGCUAAAACUGCUUCCCUAUUUCGUUUUCCCGUUGAGGAUCUGAUACAGUUCCAGGUCCACGAUGCAAUGUAG